AGAAGCAAAGAACCUAGGAGAUGAGCAGCAAAGCCAUGGUUGGUGUUGAAGAGUCAAAAACUGUGGACUCCAAGGGCAACUCAAAUAUAGGAGAAUUCAAAUUAGAAAAAUCAAAGAGUUUGAAUAAUAUUGCACGGGUAAAAUCUGAUCAGAAGUCAAACAGUUUGUUCAUUUCACGGUCGCGGUUAUCCCGGUUGUUAUUGUGCCGACUUGGAGCCAUUGCCAUGCUAGUGUUGUCUGCUUAUAUGCUAGAGUUGAGCACCCUGAGAGAGGUUAUGAGGUCAAGGGUUUUCAUGCUUCGAUCUUCUUCUCUGAAUAUUAAUGAUCCACUUCAAAGUGCACAUUUUUAUGACAACAAUGGAUUUCUAACAAUUUCAGCCAAUGGAGGAUUGAAUCAAAUGCGAGCCGGGAUUUGUGACAUGGUAGCCAUUGCAAGAUAUUUGAAUGUCACGCUCAUAAUUCCUGAACUAGAUGAAACCUCCUUUUGGCACGACCGCAGUGGAUUCCAAGAUAUAUUUGAUGUGGAUUACUUUAUCAAAUCUUUGAGAGACCAAGUCCGGAUAUUGAAAGAAAUUCCUGAUGAACAGAAGAAAAAUGCAGAGAUAGCUAAGCUCUAUCCCAUUUCACCUACGAGAUGGUCCACCAUUUCAUACUAUAACAAAGUGAUACUUCCUCAAAUUAAAAAGAACCAAGUCUUGCACUUCAACCAAACUGAUUUCCGGCUCGCCAAUAAUCAUCUUCCUCUAGAGCUUCAACAAUUUCGUUGCCGCGUAAACUUCAAAGCUCUUCGAUUUGUUCGUCCGUUAGAGGAACUGGGCCGGAAAAUUGUUAGGCUUCUUAGGGAAAAAGGUCCAUUCUUAGCUCUUCAUCUCAGAUAUGAAAAGGACAUGCUAGCAUUUUCUGGUUGCACUGAAGGUUGUAACAACAAUGAAAUUGUAGAGUUGACAAAAAUGAGAUUUGCCUACCCAUGGUGGAAACAAAAACUAAUAAAUUCAGUGAAAAGAAGAAAAGAUGGAGCAUGUCCUUUAACCCCAGAGGAAACUGCACUUGCAUUGAGAGCCAUGGAUAUUGAUCCAAGUACCCAAAUUUAUAUUGCUGCUGGUGACAUAUAUGGAGGAGAAAGGAGAAUGACACCUCUCAGAUUAGCUUUUCCACAUUUUGUUAACAAGAAGUCACUGCUAGAUCAUUCAGAACUUGGUCCCUUCUGGAAUCAUUCAAACCAGAUGGCAGCACUGGAUUAUAUUGUGUCAAUGGAAAGUGAUAUUUUUGUUCCUACCUACAAAGGAAACAUGGCAAGACUUGUCGAAGGCCAUCGACGAUACAUGGGGUUCAAGACCACAAUUCUUCUAGAUAGAAAGCUUAUUGUGAAUCUUACAGAUGAGUAUAAGAAUGGAAGUCUAAGCUGGGAUGAAUUUUCCAAAGCAGUGAAGACAGGUCAUACUGAUAGGAUGGGUGCCCCCACAUCAAGAAAAAUGGCUAAAUAUCCAAUGCUUGAAGAUUAUUUCUAUGCUAAUCCCCAAGAAUGCUUGCCAUCGCCUCCAAAAAUAUCAAACCCUGCAUAGCGUUUUCUUUUUCUACUUAGGCCGUUACGGUAUUGUUAUAGUUUUUUUUUUUUUUUUUUUUUUUUUUCCAUCAUCGUGUUGUUGUAGCUUUUAAAUUAAUCAAUUUUAGCUACGUUGAAAAAAUAAUAGACAUAGACAGUGCACAGUAAGUAGUUAUUUCAAAAUUGAUGUAAGUUUUAAAAUUAGCAUUUAUACUAUGUUUGGAUGUAAAGAAUAAGAAGAAAGGAAAUGAAAAUUUUAAUUUCUUUGUUUGGAUU